UGGGUACCGCCGCAAAACGUCGCCUUUUUAACGGGUUUUCGAGGUCGCUGAAUCGAUCUGAGCGGGUGUCGGUCCGCUUUAUUUUCAUUCGCUCCUCAGUUCCCCGGCCCCCCUUCAAGCUCCCUCUUCCUGCGCGGAUUGAUAAGCAGUGUGCUCAGGCCGGGGGUGAAUGAGAUUGAAGAAGAGUUCUUGUUUUGUAUCUCAGUUUCUCUCUUUUUUAGACAAAAUUUAAAAAAAUCAAAUCGAACAAAAAAUGCAGUUAUAACUCAGUGGAGGGGAUGUAACCCUUUUCUGCUCAAAUUUUCAAUCCGUGUAAGGAUACGGCAGAUAGAGACUGGAGUGUUUGUAAAUAUUUAUUUAAAUAAUUUGUGUGUGUGAGGAGAGGAGCUGCUGACUGUGUGCUGCUCAAGAGUGAAAGAGGAGGGGGGCUGGAGUGAGAAGAGACCGUUUCUGCAGCCAGGUGGCCAAAAGCUCCCCAGGACUGAGAUACAGAGAGAAGAGAUUAAUGAUGGAGCUUCAGACUUUACAGGAGGCACUGAAAGUGGAAAUACAAGUCCAUCAGAAACUAGUUGCCCAGAUGAAGCAGGAUCCGCAGAACGCAGAGUUGAAAAAGCAGCUGCACGAACUCCAAGCCAAGAUCACCGCUUUGAGUGAAAAGCAGAAAAAAGUGGUGGAGCAGUUGAGAAAGGACUUGAUGGUGAAGCAGGAGCAGCCUGAAAUCAAACUUCAAACUCAGUCCGAAAAUAAACUUUCAGCACAGGUGCAGCAACAGUCGGAGAAUAAAGCAUUGACGCAACCAUCGCAACAUUCACAAAACCUUCCACCACAGAACCUGACUGCUCAGCAGAAGACGGUGACUGUAACUCCUGUCAUUUCCACGAAGACUCUACCUCUAAUGCUAAAAGCUGCCACCGCAACCAUGCCUGCUUCCGUUGUGGCACAGAGGCCCACUGUUGCCAUGGUAACCGCCAUCAGUAGCGCACAGAAAACAACCGUGAACUCCGACUCUCAAAACUCACCAAUCAGUCUUCAGACAUCCAGCAAACUGACCGGUCAGGGAGCAGACGCUGUACGGAUAGUGGCGAAAAAUGCAGUCACUUUAGUUCAGGCUACAACUACUGCCCAGCCUAUCAAAGUUCCUCACUUUAUCCCUCCUCCCAGACUGACACCUCGACCCAACUUUCUGCCACAGGUACGACCCAAACCCAUCACGCCCAACAAUGUUCCCAUUGCACCAGCUCCACCGCCCAUGUUAGCGGCUCCCCAGCUCCUUCAGCGGCCUGUGAUGCUAACCACAAAACUGACCGCCACGUCUCUGCCUUCGGCCACGGGCUCCAUUCACCAGGUGCGGAUAUUGAACGGCCAGCCCUGUGCCACCAUCGCGAAAACACUUCCAACCGGCCAGCUGACUGGCAUCGUCAUCACGGCACCCGGGACCAGGAUAGCAGGGCCACAGACUCUCCAGCUCAGCAAAGCCAACACUGAAACGAAGACUGUUAAAGCUCAGGGUGGGACAGAAGAGAAGCAAUCUCUGAGUGUCCCUUCGACUCCCCCGCCUGCCCCCAAGCUCAAACGCGAGGAGAAUCCACAGAAACUUGCCUUCAUGGUGUCUCUAGGUUUGGUUACACACGAUCAUCUUGAAGAAAUCCAGAGCAGGAGACAAGAGCGGAAACGGAGGACCACUGCUAACCCAGUGUACAGUGGAGCAGUGUUUGAGCCCGAGAGAAAGAAGAGUGCUGUAACGUACCUGAACAGCCCAAUGCAUCCUGGGACAAAGAAAAGAGGUCGCCCUCCCAAAUACAACACAGUGUUGGAGUUGGGGUCCCUCACCCCCACCUCCCCUCCUUCCAGCCAGCUUGCCUCCCCAGGCCUUGAAAAGACAGAGAUUGGGGGCUUUCAUUUCCCAACGCCGGCUCAGUCAUUACCUCUGCCUAGCCCCAGCUCUGGGGAUGGAGACAUCCACGAGGAUUUCUGUACUGUGUGCAGGCGCAGUGGGCAGUUGCUCAUGUGUGACACGUGUUCACGCGUGUACCAUCUGGACUGCCUGGACCCACCAUUGAAAACCAUUCCUAAAGGCAUGUGGAUUUGUCCCAAAUGUCAAGACCAGAUUUUGAAGAAAGAAGAAGCAAUCCCAUGGCCUGGAACACUGGCUAUUGUUCAUUCCUAUAUUGCAUAUAAAGCAGCAAAAGAAGAGGAGAAGCAGAAAUUGGUGAAGUGGAGUGCAGAGUUGAAACAGGAGCGGGAACAGCUGGAACAGCGAGUCAAACAGCUGAGCAACUCAAUAACAAAAUGCAUGGAGACCAAGAACACAAUUUUAGCAAGACAAAAAGACAUGCAGUCUUCAUUGGAAAAGGUGAAGCGACUCAUCCGACUCAUCCAAGGCAUCGACCUUGCGAAAUCCAUUGACACGAACGCAGAGGGCAUCUCAAACGGUACAGACUGUGUCGUCGUCAACAACAACAAAACCUCAGAACCCUCUCCGCCCCCUGCAGUGAACUGUAACAGCUCUGAAGACAUGAAAUAACCCCACAGCAACGCAAAGGAGCCAGAUCCUUGUUGAACGCUCAGAAUACCCACUCGCACCCAGAGGUGCCCAAGUUGCCAAUCAAUAUAUAUAUAUAUACAUAUACAUAUAUAUAUUUUUCUGUUGUUGUGUAAUAUUGGACUGUGUUAAUGGCAGAUUCCCGUCCCAGAGUGCCAGCUUGAGAAGGGGAGGGGGGCUUUUGUACCAGCGUCAUGCCAAGUUAAAAAUACAUCACACCAGUGUGUGCCUGCAACAGUCACCAAGACCUGUUCUGGAGACGACUCUUAGGUUGUCUUAGUCUUCAUUUCAAGCUAGCGGGAGUAAGGUCAAAAUGUCCAAAGACCUGUUAUUUGCCCUGGGGUUCUGCUCGAGUGUACACGUGGAGUGAUAUUUUAAUAUUAAACCAAAACAGAACGUGCAGAUGUGAGAAGAAAAUACAACAGAAGGGGUUUAAUAUGUUGAACACAGUAUUUAUUUGAAGAUGAGAUAACAGAAGUAUUGUGGUGAUUUUUGGUAACCAAGAUACAUUGAUGGACAUUGAUGGAUCACCUCAUAAGAAACCAUGGGUUGGGUAAUUAUUCCUUUCCCGAAACACUGUGGUACUGUACAGUGUAGGGCCCUCCCAAGAUAUCGCCACCCCAAAAUGACGAACGUCCAAAGUCACCGCUGCUGUUGGUGAAGCACACAAAAGCAGCACAUGGUACUGUUUCAGAUUGUUGCUGGUUGUUUUUUUUUUUUAAUUAGAAAAAAAAAAAAAAAAAAGUGCAGUUAUUUACAGGUCGACCAGUGUGACAAAGGAGCAGCACCAGAACAUGCAUGGUAAUUUAUAAGAAAUAGUGUCAGUCCUAAUGUAGUGAGUUUUGUGAGUCAAAACUUAUUUUGCAAUCUCAAAAAAUUAUUUAAUUCUGGGGAUUUUUUUUUAAUAGAAAAAAAAAAUAUUCAGGUCUUCCUAGUGUUAUUUAAAAUAAUAAUAAUAAAAAAAAAAUAAAAAAAAGAUCAAAAAAAGUGCUUUUUCUGUUUCCUGAAACAGCAAUUUCUAUUAAAAUGGUGUUAGAACUGGAGUUGUUUCUGUAUAUAGUGUUUUUUUUUUUUUUUUUUUAAGAAAAUGUUCUUUGUAUAUAAAAUACACUUGAUGUCUGAUAAAUUCUGAACUGCCAAAUGCUAUUAUAUCCAAAUCCAGCAGGGAAUUGUCUUGUAAUAUCAUUUUAAAUAAAACAAACAAAAAGAAAAUCCACAAGAUUUUUACCAUUUUAAAGGAAAAUGCAAUUAGGAGCCCCUGGCAAGCUAAACUUUUGUAAAUGUUAUUAAUUGUUGAUCCUUUAAAAGUGUUGCACCGUAAUGUUUAUAAUAAUGAACUGGAAUGUCUUGAGGGUUAAAGUUGGACUCCCUUUUUACAAAGAAGCAAAAGAUACUUCGGAGAGGAACUAGUAAAACCAUUAGUAUCUAAAAAGGCCAAGCUUGUUGUAAAGAAAACCUGUUCAAAGACAAGAGCUUUCUUCUUCUUUUUUUUUUUUUUUUUUUAUAUGCAUUUUGUUUUAAAAAAGCUGAUUCAGUCGGAAAAAGGUACAUUUUAAACGUGUCCUGAACAUUGUUUUGAAAUGUUCAUUUUUGUCAUUUAAAAGUGCCAUGGAGGAGCAUGUCGGGAGGGUUCUCUGGUUUGCAUACUGUUGUGUCUUGAGGAGGAGGGAACUUUGUUGCUAAACUUGCAGAUUCGCUGUCAAGCUGCUGCAUGUAAAGCUGUUGGGUUUAUUUUGCUUCAGUUCUGAAGUCCAGGUUAAUUCUAAUGUCUCGCAUGGAUUCCUAUGAACUCUGGUAGUUAUGUUUAUGGAGAUAUUUAUGCAGGAUACUUGGUUUAACAAUGCUGCACAGAAUAUGUUCAUGAGACAUUGCUAAAGAAAAAUAAACUUAACAAAAAUACCUGCAAGAAAAGAAGAAAAAAAUGCUGCAAUUUGUUUUAAAUAUAAAAAUAAUUGACAAUAUUAAUAAUAAUACAAAAUCACUUAAAUGCAACGUAUAGGUUUCUUUAAACGGUUGGCAGACCAGAGAGCUCACAGGGACUGUUUUCUCGAUUUUCCCACAGACUAGAAAGAAGAGUCUGCAAAUGAUAAAGUAAACAGCCCGAGUUUGUAUCAUUGAAAAAAAAAAAAAAAAAAGAUUUCAGAUGCUGUAAAUACCUCUAGUGUUUUAAAGUGACAUGUUAAUUGAUGGUUUAUUGAAACAUGACAUAUCAAGUUUAUAUCAAAAGAAAUUGCAUAUCCUAAGCACAUGCACCAGUUAGGGUUUAAAG